AUGAGCGCCAGCGAUGCGUUCGACGUCAACGCUGCGCUGGCAGAGCUUCGUGCAAGCGCGAGCUCCGCGGCCCAGAGUCAGCUACCACCGUCUCAGCAGCCGAGCUUGCCGCCGUUGCCGUCGUUCGAGCUCCCCAAAGGCGUCCAAAUCCCCACGCCGUCGCAAGUGUUGGAUGCCAUCCCGAAGCUGACGUUGCCGAGCCUUCCGGAGCUACCCGCGGGAGCGGCGCAGCCGAGCACAGCCAACCUCCUGCCGCCCGAGCUUCUUCAGCCGACCGGCGACACCUGGAUUUUUUCGCGUCUGUCAGAGGCGGCCACGAAGGCAUCGGAGUCAUCCCUGAACGCUGCCUCCAGGCUCCUGCCCCCGACCCCGGACAAGUACGCCCAGCUGGCUACCCAGAUCUCCGACUCCUGCGGGCGUGCCUCGCUCCAGGUGUCGAACGCCCUGGACGCCCUCGUGGUGGCAAACCCUUCCCUCGCACCCGCGGUGGCCCACCUGCGGUCCUCGUUGACAGACGCCCUCGCCUCCCUGGGCGAGGCUUACGCGGCUGGCGAUGCCUUGAUCCCGGAGGAGUACAAGCCCUUCGCUGCCACCCUGGUGAUCGGCGCGGGGGCGACGGCGCUGGGAAUGUCCAUGGCCGCCCUCUCGGAGGAAGGGAAGGUGUCGAGGGAGGCGAAGAACGCGCCACUGCCUCGGGAGUACGACCUCCCAGCCAUCAUGAACUACUACAACUCGAGGCCACUGACACUUCUCUCGAGGCUCGCGGAGGUGUCAUACCGGCUGGGCUCCCUCGCCGCCAAGCUUUGGCUGGACAGGAAGGUCGGCGACGGCAGCGGGUGGGAGAAGAACAUGGACUCGAGGGCCACAGAGUUCGUGGAGUUUGUCCAGGGGGCAGGUCCGGCGUUCAUCAAGAUUGGCCAGGGAGUUUCGAUCCGGCCAGACAUUUUGCCGGAGCCCUACCUCAAGGAGCUUUCCAAGCUUCAGGACAGGGUGAACCCGUUCGACUCCGGAGACGCCAGGAGAAUUCUCGAGCAGCAGCUGGGCAAGCCCCUCCGUGAGAUCUUCCUCGAUGCCGACACGGCCUUCGAGAUCCCCGUAGCCGCGGCGUCACUCGGUCAGGUAUAUAAGGCGACCCUGGUGACGGGGGAGGUGGUCGCCGUGAAGGUGCAGCGACCGGACGUGCUGGAGUCCGUAACGCUGGACCUGUACGUGAUCAGGCUGCUGCUGCUCUUCAUCGCCAAGAACGACUCUACGAGGGAGAGCGCGCUCAGCAUCUUGGGGGUGAUCGACAACUGGGCCGACCGCUUCUUGCAGGAGCUGGACUAUCUUCAGGAGGCCGCGAACGGCGACAGGUUCCGCCGAGAGAUGGCGGAGAGCAAGACCCUCGGGGAGGCGAUCCUCGUUCCUCAGGUCUACACAUCCUUGAACACGCGCUACAUCCUGGUGACGGAGUGGGUCGAGGGCGUGAAGGUGGACGCUAUCGACUCUUCCACGCCAGCCGGGCGCGAGCGGCUGAAGAAGAUCGUGGCAACGCUUCUCAACUCCUACCUGGCUCAGCUGCUGGAGUCCGGCUUCCUGCACGCCGACCCCCACCCGGGUAAUUUCCUGUGCACCCCCGACGGACGGCUGUGCGUGCUGGACAUGGGCCUGAUGACCGAGGUAGGAGAGGACCAGAGGUACGCCCUGUUGGAGUACGUUUCACACCUCACCGCCAAGGACUACGAGGCCACGCUCUACGACCUCAUCGUGCUCGGCUUCAUCCCCGAGGAGAUCGGCCAGGACCCGGAAAAGGCCGGCAUCGUGGCGCCCCUGCUCGCCACCGUGCUGGAGCAGCUCUCCAACGGCGGCGGAGCCAAGUCGGUGACGGUCGAGACGGUGGGCGAAGAGGUGGAAGAGCUGGGCCGGCAGUACCCCAUCCGAAUCCCGGCCUACUUCGGGCUCAUCAUCCGCGCUUUCUCCGCCCUGGAAGGGCUCGGGCUGCAGCUGGAUGAGCAGUACUCCAUCGUGAACGAGUGUUUCCCUUACCUGGCGAGGCGUCUGCUGACGGAGGACUCGGACCGGAUGCACAAGAUGCUCCGAACCUUCUUGUACGGCAAGGACGGCCGGUACCUCAAGGUGGACCGGGUGGACGAUCUCGUCGACGGCUACUCCCAAUUCACCGCCCUCGCAGACGAGGCCUCCAAGGGUCUCGCCGUGGACGGGGUGAAAGACCCCCUCGGUCGCACCUCCCACGUUCCGACAGCCACCGCCGCCGCUACCGCCGCCGCCGCCACCACCGCCUCCGCUGAAACCCCAACCUCUCAGCAACACACCGCCGCCUCUUCUUCCUCCCGACGGCGGCAAGGGCCACAAUCGCCGGCGCCGUUGUUUGGCGGCGGUGGCGGCGGCGGCGGCGGGGGUGCGCCAGCUUCGGUCCCUGCGUUUGCUUCUGCGGGGGCGACCUCGGUGGCAGGGGCCGCCGAGGGGGCUCCGGGAGGGGCGAUGGCGGUUGGAGUGGACCCUAUCCAGGACCCGGUGGCAAGGGAUGCCCUCAAGCUGCUGUUUUCGAAGGAGGGAAACUACGUUCAGGAGCUUGUGGUGGAGGAGCUGGUCCGAAUGACGGACGCGCUUAGCCGGGAGGCUAACCUCCAGAUCAUCCAGGCCCUGAGGACGUUGACGGAGGCGCCGCUGUCCCCGGCGAGGAUCGCGCGCGCGCUGGCGGAGGCGCCGAUGAACCCGUUGCUUGCACCCCUGCAGAUCCCCGUAAAGGUGCAAUCGUUCGCGCUGUCUAGAAUAUUCAACCGCCUCGAGGUGGCGCUGGAGCUUACCCAAGAGGACCAGGAGAGCCUCAAGGCCCUCCGACGUCUCCAGCAGCUCCUGCAGGGGGGCAUCAACAACGACGGCGGCGAGAACUCGUCGUCCUCCUCGUCGUCGUCGAGAGGCGUGGGCUUCCCCUUGCCCCCGUCGCCGGCGGCGCUGCUGUCCGGAGGCGGGAGCAUCUUCCCUUCGGGGUUCUCGUUGCAGCCCGGGGCGGCGGUGGGCCCGCGGGAGGCCGUGGACGCGGCGCGACAAGCGGCGGGGCUGGCGUCGAUGAUCGGGCCCGGCGUGGCCUCCAUCGCGCAGAAGUUCUUGGUCCAGCUUGCAGCGAGGACGCUUGACCGUCUUGCCGAUAGCUUCGACGAGCAAGGGAACAAGGACGGUGCUGGUGGUGCUACUACCGUCGAGGGUGUCGCGUCAGGUGUCCGGGAACCGGCAUCAACACAGCGGGGGCGGUUCUACGCCGACGAGAGUAAAUAAUAGUACCCCGAACACCCCCCACAAUGCUUGCGCGAGGACGCUGCGCAUGGAAAGUUUUGUAUGUUCACUCGGAAACGGGGAGAGUAGAAACAAGAAUCGAAGGGGGGGUGACGAAACAAUGUGUGGUUUCCGACCGUUCUUGGUAUUGUCGUUUGUCGUUCCGUCGUGAAGAAAACAGGCGAGAGUGUGGCUCGGGCACAGGAGCCCCCUCUGUCCACAUUGCCGUUGUAUAGUUUCGUGACGAUGUCGGAUAACGUGCACUCCCACCUCCGCUGCUGGUCUUUGGCGAUGUGAGAUGAUUUCACCCACAAAGCUGGCAGCGGAGCUCAUUUUGACGUGUGACAGUUUCUUGGGUUAUGGUUGUUGUCAAUGUAUGGUACCUUGUUUCACAGAUGCCUGUGUGUUGCUAUUGUCUGCGAAACCUACAAGCUUAUCCCGAGGGACUGUGGCAGAAAGAAUCCGGGUUCGCGAGGGCCAAUCAGCUGCCUCCCUUUAAAUUGGCGCCUACUUUUGGCGUCUUGUCUAUUUUCGAGUAGUUUUGGCAAACAA